AUGCCACGAUCGUGGCGGAGAUUUGGAAGGCUUCGAAAGCCAAGUCUGAAAACCCAGUCGAAAAUUCAUGCCACGAUCGUGGCGGAGAUUUGGAAGGCUUCGAAAGCCAAGUCGAAAAUUCAUGCCACGAUCGUGGCGGAGAUUUGGAAGGCUUGGAAAGCCAAGUCGAAAAUUCAUGCCACGAUCGUGGCGGAGAUUUGGAAGGCUUCGAAAGCCAAGUCGAAAAUUCAUGAAGCCAAGUCGAAAAUUCAUGCCACGAUCGUGGCGGAGAUUUGGAAGGCUUGGAAAGCCAAGUCGAAAAUUCAUGCCACGAUCGUGGCGGAGAUUUGGAAGGCUUCGAAAGCCAAGUCUAGGAAGCCAGUCGAAAAUUCAUGCCACGAUCGUGGCGGAGAUUUGGAAGGCUUGGAAAGCCAAGUCGAAAAUUCAUGCCACGAUCGUGGCGGAGAUUUGGAAGGCUUCGAAAGCCAAGUC